ACUUCAAAGCUUAAAAGAAGAGUUGAUAAAAUUUCUUACUUUUAAUAAAAAAAAUGAAGCUUCAUUUUCUUAUGCCUCACAUGGUGCUUCUUAUUAUUAUUAUUCAUGAACUCUUUUGUAUUCAUAUCUCAGCAGAGACUCUUGUUUCUUCACCUCAAUUCUCACCUAUUACUCCACUUUCUUCCUCUAUGCCUAGGCAAGUGGAAGAAGAGAAUCACCAAAAAGAUUAUUCACACAAGAAAGUUUUACUAGUUCUUGUUAUUAUCGCCAUUGCACUUAGUGUACUCAUUUUGAGUAUCUUAUGUUUAUGGAUUUAUCACAUCAAGCAUCCAUCAAAAUCCAAAAGAAAAAAUGUUCUAAAUUCAGAUGCAGAGAAAGGGAACCCACCAGCACAAUUUUUGAGUAAAUUCAGUUCCAUUGAGUUGGUUGGUUUGAAGAAAGGGUGUAUUCCAAUAAUUGAUUACAAGAAAAUAGAAAAAUCAACCAAUAAUUUUCAAGAAAAUAACAUCUUGGGUAUAGGUGGUUUUGGAUGUGUUUACAAGGCACACUUUGAUGAAAAUUUUGAUGUUGCUGUUAAGAAACUACACUGCCAUACUCAAAAUGCUUUGAGAGAAUUUGAGAAUGAGGUUGAUUUGUUAAGUAAAGUUCAGCAUCCAAAUAUAAUUUCUUUACUGGGUUGUAGCAAUGAUGGAGACAUGAAAUUUAUUGUGUAUGAGUUAAUGGAAAAUGGAUCCUUGGAAGCUCAAUUACAUGGACCAUCACGUGGCUCAGGAUUGACUUGGCACGCGAGACUGAAGAUUGCUCUUGACACAGCAAGAGCAUUAGAAUAUCUACAUGAGCAUUGUUACCCUUCAGUGAUUCAUAGAGAUAUGAAAUCUUCCAAUAUUCUUUUAGAUGAAAACUUCAAUGCCAAGCUAUCUGAUUUUGGUCUAGCCAUAAUUGAUGGGUCCCAAAAGAAGAAGAACAUCAAGCUUUCAGGAACAUUGGGUUAUGUAGCACCAGAAUAUCUUCUAGAUGGUAAAUUGAGUGAUAAAAGUGACGUGUAUGCUUACGGAGUUGUACUCUUGGAGCUUCUGUUGGGAAGGAAGCCUGUGGAAAAACUAUCAGCUGCUCAGUGUCAAUCACUUGUUACAUGGGCCAUGCCGCAGCUCACAGAUAGGUCCAAACUUCAAAACAUUGUGGAUCCAGUGAUAAAGAAUUCAAUGGAUCUCAAGCACUUGUACCAGGUUGCUGCAGUGGCUGUACUAUGCGUGCAACCAGAGCCAAGUUACCGCCCGCUAAUCACUGAUGUUCUUCACUCACUAAUCCCUCUUGUUCCAGUAGAACUUGGGGGAACACUCAGAGUGUAACAAUAUAUUUCUCAAGCGGAUUCAAUUGUGAGUUCUAGCAAAUGGAAGUUGUCAAUUGCGAGUUCUAGCAAAUGAUACAGGAUCAAAACUGAGAAUACGACGUAUAAUUGGUUGCAAUGAUGCCGUUACGCCAAAUACCAGAAAUUAUAUGCAGAUUGUCAACCUCACAGUUUUUAAGUUACAGACAACAGUCGCAACUUUGGCUAGGAAGGGAGAGGGUGAUACAAUGAUUGGAUUGAUGAUAACAAAUGUAAAGGGACAAAAAAUCACUUCUGUCUAGCAAUUUGAUUAAUUUAGUUGUGCAGAUUACCCAAUAACAAUAUAUCUAAACACCAGAUCAAUCUGGUCUUAUAUCAUGUCAA